GCAAGCCCUAGUAAGAUUGCAGGAAGUAGGAAUAGGAGGAGGGAGGAGGAGGAAGAAGAUUAAGAUUGCGAUUGCAUUAGCAAGCAAUUGGCUCUCUCCUGCGGUCCGUCGAAUCCAUUUCGCGAUUGUUUCAGCGGGGAAACGAAGAGAGGGACGACAGCUAUGAUGGCGGAGGACAAGAAAGAGAUCGUACCAACUAAGUACGACGUGGACGCUAAGUGGGACCGGUGCGUCGAUCUCACCGUCCGGCGAUUCUUCUACUCUUCCUUGGCCGGCGUCUUCGGCGGCCUCCUCCUCUUCAGGAGCCCCGUGGCUAGAUGGUCAUCUCUAGCUUUUGGUGCUGGUUUGGGCAUUGGGUCUGCUUACACAGAGUGUUCUCAGAAAUUCAAUGGAUUUCCUACAAAGCCACCUACGAAGCCGCCUCCCAAGGCAUCCGAUGUUUCUGCUCAUGAGACAGUAGUGGAGUCAUCUCCUCAGGAAGGGCAAGACUGAGGACAUCUACGACCUCGAAUACACUCGAUCUGUUGGACGGAGUUUUCUCAAAUUGAGAUUGUCGUUGGCCUUUUUUCCCCUGCUAGGGCUUUCGCUAUGUGCUCCUAGCAUGGUCUCCAUGAUGAAAGCUGUUGCAAAUUUUAUAAUAUGAUUGUGUACCUCCCAUUUUCACCCUGAAACUGAAAUAAUGGCUUUACAUCAUGUUGUGAAUUUUGCAUUUUCCCCCCUCUGAUAUGAUUUAAGAGACAGGUGUUCCCCUUCCAA